AUGAACCAGGCCAGGAAGCUGAGCUCUAAGCAGAGGCUCACAUGCUUUUACAACAAUGCUCAGCUGGUGUCCUGGGUGGACACUGCAUUCCUCUGCUGCCUCCUGUCUGCCUGCUCUGUCAUUUGUCCUGUCAUCCAGGAAUCCCGCAUUGUGUACAGCUUUGACAUCUCCAUCCCUCUCCUCAGGAACUUCAUUGUAAAAAUCAAUGCCAAAUAGCUGGUGGCCAUUUUCUACGCAGCCCUGAACAGCAGCACGUGGCAGAAACCGCCUCACCAGAAGGCAAUGAAACUACUCAGUGACCUCAGUUUUCCUGAAUGCUACUCCAUCUGGGCAGAGCAGAAAACUUCUUGUCAGUUUGCAUACAAGAGUUUUGUCAGCAAAGGUUUUGCUUCUUCGAUGACUCGAGAGGAAAAAGCAAACGAAUGCCUGGAACAUUUUAUAUUCAAGUCUUUGAGUCUGACUGUUUCUCAAAGGCCCAAGGAAGAGUCUAGUAGUCAGACAUUGAAGAAAACCAUUAUUUGUCACCUUAUUAGCAAGGUGCUUUGGACUGUGGUUGCCCGCAAAUGUUUUUAUUUGUUUUCUCUUCCCAGAACCUUCCCCUGGUUUGACUUGACAGCUGUACCAAUGAGUAAGUCUCUCUUUAGCCAGCUGCUAAAAUAGAGCUUGUCCAGUGCUAUGCCAUGCCUGGUGCUUUACUAUACCAAGCAUCCUCUGGAGACUGGUCUACAAAGCAGUGUGGGUAAUCAGCACUAAUCAGCUGUAGUGGAGCCUGGUGUGAUACUGGAUGAUAAGUCUUCAUGCUCCACAGCUGCUUCCAACAUUUUCUCAGAAAUUCCAGAGGAAACUGCUGAGUAUGAUUCUAAAUUCUAA